GUACUAUGCCGUUGUCAUUGUUUGACAAUUCCUUGAUUUGGUUGGUCGUGCGUUUUUUUGAAAAAAAAGUUGUCGAAUUUAGUGGAAAAGAAAUCAAUUUCCCGGAUAUUUAUGCCUUAAUUUUACAUCUAGAUGUGAUCUCUGGUGUUCCUGCACGUAUUGAAUUAUGAAGCUAUAUCUGUGGUUGCUCAAAUUUAGUAUCUUUGUGGCUGCUAUUGCUGCGAAGAAAGAUGUUCGACGGAAGCUCACUGCUCAACUCAAUCCGGGCUGCCCUGAGAACAUCUGUGACGACGCGGGUAAUCUCACAAAUGUCGUCCAUGUGACGUCCCUGGGCGCCAGUGACGCCAUCCACUACAUUUGGGAUCUCACGGGGAAGCCGUCUGCCUUGGUGGCGCUCUGUGGCCCCGACACAAAGCUCAAUAUCAACUGGGAGGGUUUCUUCGACGGCAAAGCAAAUACUGUGAUGUUCUCAGAUGCACCCCGCUACACAUUUGGUGUGGUCCUCAAUCGGCUCUGGGAGUACAAUGACGAAGAGGACGUAGGCACAUUUACCGUAACAAAUAGCAGCCAGAUCAAUGCCUUCAGUCUACAUGAGUUUGCAUGGGAACGAAAGAAUUUCCUCGCUACGGAAGAUUCCGUUGAGUUAUCGGUCAAAUCUCGCGGGCUUCAUGGGCUACCGGGGAACUUUGAACUCUCACUGGCAACCUUUGCUACGCCCGAUCAUGGCCCUAUGACACCCCAUCUUAUGCACACUGAGAAUUCAACGCAAAUUGAUCUCGUGCUCGAUACCGUCCAAACCAAUGACUCAUUUCCUCAGCCACGAUUUGCCAUUGAAGUUGUUCUUGUGGCCAUGGAGCCCAAGAAGGAUAACUACACGGUUGUCGUGAAGAAAAGUCUGGACGAUGAGUUUACUCCUGGAAUUUUUAAGAUAGUCAAUGUUGCUUCACCAGCAUCCGUCAACGCCAGCUCGGGAGGAUAUCUUCAAUAUCGUCCUGUUUCUUACACCGAUGAGGAUCGUGAUGUCAGCACAUCCACUCAAACUUACCAAAGCUCACCAGCAACACCCAAUAAUGCCAUCAAGAAGCUCAAUAAUACUGUUUUUCGCUCAAUAUUUGGUGAUUCUGUGGAGACCAUGCUAGUCCAGUCUCUCAAUGUCUCCUUUGGUACCAGUGGCGAUGGAUUCUAUACCAAAUAUAAUUAUACAACUUGGACUUUUGUUGUGGGAUACGGAGCUCCGUUGCCGGAUAAACUCUCUCUAUUUGUCGUUGUUGUAGCUACUAUUGGACUAGGUGUGCCUAUUCUACUUCUCUGCUGCGGUGGAUGCUAUGUGUGCGUGAAACGUGUGCGAAAUAAUUCUUAAGGUAAAAUCCAAUCCCUACUACUCACAAAUUCCGCAUCUCACAGUGAGAUUUUUUGAUCAAUUUGUUGCGAAUGAAUUCAUUGUGAAGUGAUGAGUAUUAAAGCUUCCGCCAUGGUUGCGAAUUUUAGUGCUAUUUCUGCACGACUAGGAGCAAAUUUUUACACAAAUCACCAAAUUUGUAUAUUUUGUAAUGAUUUUUUUAGUUCAAUCAAGUGCCUUUUUAUUAAAUUAUUAAUGUUAUAGAUAGACUAAAAGACAAAAGUUAUCUCAAUUCCUCACAACUCAUGUUUAUUGUACAUUUUUAUCUAUAUACGAAUAAAUUAUGCUACCAAUUUUAGGUUUUCAAUUAA